AUGUCCAAAUAUGAAUGCAACCACCACAUGACUGGGUUCCUCAAGGAGUUGCCCAAGUGUGAGCACCACGUUCAUCUUGAAGGCACGCUUGGUCCAGAUCUGUUGUUUCCUCUGGCAGCAAGAAACAAUGUUCAGCUACCAAGCCAUUUCCCCAAGGAUGUGGAAAGUCUGAACAAGAGAUAUUCCGAGUUUACGGACCUCCAGGAUUUCCUCAACUUUUACUACAUCGGGAUGUCUGUGCUCAUCCAGGAACAGGACUUCUUUGACCUUGCGUGGGCCUACUUCACCAAGGCACACGCAGAUGGAUUGCACCAUGCUGAGACAUUCUUCGACCCUCAGGGUCACGUGGAGAGAGGCGUCUCGAUCGACGUGGUUGUUCGUGGAUUCGAGAGAGCCGCACAGCAGGCCGAGAAGGAGCUGGGUAUCUCUACCAGAUUGAUCAUGUGUUUGCUGAGACACUUGCCACCAAAGGAUGGAUUGGCCACAAUUGAGAGUGCUAGGCCUUAUUACAAGGCAGGUACCAUCCACGGUCUUGGAUUGGACUCGGCCGAGAAGCCUUUCCCUCCCCAUUUGUUUGAGGAGUGCUACAAAGCAGUUAGAGACUCUUUCCCAGAGGUGGGACUGACUGCCCAUGCCGGUGAAGAGGGUGGACCAGAAUUUAUCACCAACUCUUUGGACUUAUUGAAUGUGACCAGAAUCGACCAUGGAGUCAACUCGUUCCAGGAUGAAGAUCUUUUGAAGAGGUUAGCCAAAAACCAGACCCUUCUGUCGUUGUGUCCGUUAUCUAACGUCAAGCUGCAGGUGGUCAAGGACGUCUCCGAGUUGCCAAUCCAGAAAUGGCUCGAUUUUGGAGUUCCAUUUUCCAUCAACUCGGAUGAUCCAGCUUACUUUGGAGGCUACAUCUUGGACAACUACAUAAUGGUGCACACGAGGUUUGGUUUCGACCUCAAGACCUGGUGCAAGAUCGCGGCCAAUGGUGUGAACGGAUCGUGGAUCUCGGAUGCCAGAAAGAAGGAGCUUCUCGAGAAAAUUGAUCAGGUGUACACCAAGUACCAGCCACUGAUCGAGGCCUGA